AUGAACGAUCUGUCCGCAGUCGGCGACCGCAGCAGCAGCGCAGUGACGGAAGGUAGUGCAAUCUCUAGUGGCUCUGGUGGCACCGCGGCGGCUACAAGCAGCGAUUGUACUCCAACCACCUCCCGUGCUCGAAGUGUGGUUCAGGAGCAGCUGUCUCGGACAACUUCACUUCUUGAAGAUGUCCAUCCGUGUGUGCAGGCAACUGGUGGUGACCUUGGUAAGGACUCGACGAGUGACCUGGGUUGCCCCUAUGCGGUUACAGUCGGAAGGACGCCCCACCGGGAGCUGGGGCCGCCCCCCUCAGGGGGGGGUUCGGCGACGACGCUAAACACUGGGAAUUCUGAAGUCCCUGCGGCGACGCAUCUCCCCCAACAAGGCGGGGAGCAUGAGCUGAACCUCGAUGCGUGCAUUCAUCCCAAACAAGUGGCCUUUCUCACUGGAAUCGGGGAAAUGGUACGGCAGCAUGCUCGUCAGCACAGGCAGCAGAACCGCGCCACCAGGAGACGUGACGACGCCUCGGCAUGCAGCAGCUCCUGUUCCGACACAGAACGUCAUGCAGCCCGACUUUCUGUUGGAGCACUGAUUAGCGCUGAAGGACAGCGCGUUCGCAUGCAUCUUGUGCAGGCAGCAGCUUCGGCGUCGUCAUCUGGUUGCCAAGCGGACAGCAGUAGCUCCGAAAAACGGAGUUGCGAGGGAAUUUGUGGCCGCUAUCAGACAGCCUUCAGUCUUUGCACAAUUAUUUCUGCCUUUCAACCCCGUAAGGCUUCCUAUUGGCAGGAUGACCACCUUGUGGAGCCCUAUCACGGCGAAAGUUAUGGACCCAUUGCACAGCGCUCUCGUUUCAAUAAAAGCGAUGACAACAGCGUUAGUGGGGAAAGGGACGAUGAUGUUAACAGAAGUGGUCCCGCGGCCGACGGUGGCCUUCUGUGCAAUGCCGCGUCCUCCGCGGAGAACGGCGACUAUAACGAUGAGAACUUUGAACCAGCAGACGGCGCACCGAGCGAUGUUGCGGAUGAUGAUCGUGCGAUGAGAUCCUACGGCAAGAUGCUGAUCCACAAUGGUUGUCGCAGCGACAAUGUCUUUAGUGACGCCUUUUUCCUCGAUAAGGGCAACAUUACCGGUGGAGAGCGACGCAAGAAGCUGAUCGUUUUGCACUCCUACCGUGCCUCUGUUAUCUCUUUUGUUGACAAAAAAGUUCUGAAGAAGGACAUCAACAAUCACUUCUACGUUCAGCACCCAGAGUUGGAGGUUCGUGAAAUCAAGCUAACUCACAUGCGAGCUAUACGCACGGAUUUGCUGAAUCUCGCGUUGGAAGAGAAUUCUCCAGUUGAAUUAGCCACCGUGGCGUAUGCAAACUGGUACUUUGAGCGGCUUAUCAUGCGCGGAAUGGUUGGUAAGCGGAACCGUCGUCUUGCGCUUGCCGUCUGUCUUUUGUUGGCAAUCAAAUUUGUCGAGACAGGUGAUGUACACCGCAAGAUACAGUAUCUGAAGGCGCGCAUUCGGCACGACGACGCAUUCAAGGGGGUGACGUGGCAGAAAACACAAGAGUGGGAGUUCUGUGCGUACGUUGGGCUCGAGUUUACACUUCUUCCUUCCCCCGGAAACCGUGUUGUCGAAACUCACCUGGAGCGGUUACUUGCUCAAGUGAACUUGACAUCCCAAGAGUAUUACAGUAAGAAGUUUGCGUGGCCCUAA